GGAGAUCAGAAUGGUCUGAUAAAAUCCAUAAAAAUUAACUUAAAUGAUGUAGAUGUAAAUGGGGCUGGUGUUAGCACAUCUACCAUCACGCAAGAUGAUAUCGAUCCUACGAGAUCAGUACAGAAGAUGGAAUACAACAGGGAGACUAAUAAGUUAUCUACCGCCAGAGCAGAUUCUAGUAUACAACAAUAUGAAUUCAACAGCGAAGACAAGCUGAACCUACUCAACGAAUGGAAUGAACCUAGGUUUAAAGGAGGUGACUACUACGUUGGUUUGAGUACCCUUGGAAGGGGCUUGGUAGCUGCUACUAGCAGUGGUCAUUGGAGUUAUAAGGCAUCAAAAGCUGAAGAGCGUUACCUAAGUCUGCCUACAAACUUGAAGGAUAUGAGAGUAUCACCAAAUGGCUCAACAUUUGCAUACGGUGGUUUAGAAGUCGAUCUCUCUAUUUGGGAUGCGAAAAGAGCGCUCGAAAUUAGUGAAAACACUCCAACAGCACCUAAAGUGGACAGUAUACAAGGUGCAACAAAGAAAGAGCGCAAGAAAGCUAAAGAUCAGCUCCUCGAUGGUGAAGUCUGGAGAGCUAAGAACCUUCCACCGGACAACUUGAAUUUGAGGGUACCAAUCCAUAUCACGUCUUUAGACUAUAUCAGUGAAACUAACAUAAUAACUGGUUCUGCUAAUGGUAGUGUCAGACUAUAUGACACAAGAGCGUCAAAGAAGCCAACAAUCGUCAACAACGAUCUAAUUAAGUCGUCUAGCGUAAGAUACUUGCGCCGUGGCGAGCAUGAGUACAAUGUAUUCGUUUCGGAUAACAACAGCAACUUGUUCAAUGUAGAUAUACGUAAUCUCAAACUCAUUAAUGGUUAUAAGGGUAUUGGAGGAGCAAUUAAUACUAUAGCACCAACGCCAUACAAGGAAAUCUCAUUAUCAGGAGCAAUGGAUAAAUACCUUAGAUUACAUACAAGCAUAGUACCUCCAGAAAUCCUUGGAAAGAACCCAACAACCAAGGCAAACAUUUUCAGUAAGGUGUUUGUCAAAUCAACUCCAACAGUUUUAGAAUGGGACGGUGUCAUUCCAGUCGAAGAAACUAAAAAGAGAGUUGAGAGAACACCAGAGAGUGAUGAAAGUGAAGGUGAAUUGGAUGAUGUUUUACAAGAUAUGGAAACUGUAACUGGAGAGGAUAUGAAAGUAAAACGUAAAGCAGAGGGUAGGAGAUCCAAGAAAAAACGUGUAUAGAUUCUUCAUUAUUUAUUCUAUUUU